GACACCAGACAGCAUUUAGAUGUCUGCAACCUUUUCGCUUCCUAGCGUGCACGCGUGUACAUAGUGUACUAUUUUUACCAAAACUUUGCAGAAAAAUGGCCAAGCGCACGAAGAAGGUCGGAGUCGUUGGAAAGUACGGCACCCGUUAUGGAGCUUCGCUUCGAAAAAUGGUAAAGAAAGUUGAAAUUACCCAACACGCCAAGUACACUUGCACAUUCUGCGGCAAAGAAGCCAUGAAACGGACCUGCGUCGGCAUCUGGAACUGCAAGUCAUGUAAGAAAACUGUCGCCGGAGGAGCGUACGUGUUUUCCACCACGGCUGCUGCUACAGUUCGCUCUUCGGUUCGACGUCUCCGUGAGACCAAGGAAGUUUAAGGAAAUUACAAUAAACACACCUGACGUUUUGCCAAUGGUCAUCGACUUGAGGCAGGCCGUCGGCAUUGUUUUGUA